CUGAAAUGAUGUCAGUCACAGGAGUGUCUGGGCAGAACAUCACAAUAACAUGCUCUUUCAAAAACAAAUAUGACAAUAUUAAAUAUUUCUGCAAAGACCCAUGUAGAAAUGACGAUGUCUUAAUAAGUAGCAGUGGUGAUAAAGUCAAGUGGGACACCAACAAAUACAGUAUAAGGGAUGAUAAAAGCAGAUUUCAUGUUACAAUCUUUCACCUGAAAAAGGAAGAUUCAGGUACAUACAAGUGUGGCGUCGAAGUCAUUCUGUGGCGGCAUCCACUACAAACCGUUAUCAUCACUGUUAAAGAAGCAAUGAAACCAGAAAAAGAGCCAACAAGCUUACCUGAACAAGUUCAUCCGAAAACUUCAUCAUCAUUGAAACCGUUGUUCAUCGGCGUGAGCCUCGGAGUGACUGUACUCGUCUUGGCAGUAAUCAUCACCAUAUAUAUAGGCUACAUUUGCACAUCUUCUGCUCAACGCCAGGAUUCCAGCAACUUCAUCGCUCCGUCCUCACCGAUUCCUCCAGACUGUCUGUCUCACCAUUCCACAAUCAGCCACAACAGCUGUGUCCCUGCUCAACCUACAGACGGGACAUACUUCAUAAGUCUCGGUGCAACCGAUGAAUCGGCCAUCUACUGCAACAUGAGAAGAGUCGUGAUGUAGUCUCGUUAAAGCCACAACUGCGUUCCGCAAUGACUCAUCUGAUAACACGAAUUGGCCCUUAUAUGAUAAAAUACAGGAACUUUCGUAAGUUA